GGCCGACAGAUUGUGGUAAACGUCACCAGUGUUUCGGACGAUUGGAAAGUCAUCAAUAUUCGCGGAGAUUUCGAUCGGCCUUUUCCGUGGUUGGAAGUGAUUUAUUGGUGUGGUGCGGAUUUAUCUUGAGGCCGUGUUAUAUGAGUUUUGGGCGAGAAUGUUGGACAUCAAACCUACGGCCGACUACUUGAGUCGGAAUUCUUUCGGGCAAUUUUCUAUGCUCUUUGAUACAUCAUACAAAGGAUCAUGGGCUUCUCAUUCAUCAUCACAAACACAAGGUUAUGGAGCCAAUACUCUCUCCGGGAUGACGAAGGCAUCAUUAGAUCCUCAUGGCCACCUCAGACAGCCAGAUCCAUAUCAGAUGUUUGGACCUACGAGUAGUCGUUUAGCGAGUUCAGGUUCUGGUCAAAUUCAGCUGUGGCAAUUCCUUCUGGAACUCCUGAGCGACUCUUCUAACGCAGCCUGUAUCACGUGGGAAGGCACCAACGGCGAAUUCAAACUAACGGAUCCAGACGAAGUUGCGAGGCGGUGGGGCGAAAGGAAGUCCAAGCCGAACAUGAAUUACGACAAGUUGUCUAGGGCGCUCAGAUACUAUUAUGACAAAAACAUAAUGACCAAAGUGCACGGCAAAAGGUACGCGUACAAAUUCGACUUCCAAGGCCUGGCGGCAGCUACCCAACCGGCCACCAGCGAUCCGAGCAGCUACAAGUACCAAAGCGAGCUGUUCAUGAGCUCGUACCACCACAGCGCGAAGCUUGGGGGCUUCAUGAGUCCACAUGCAACGAUACCCAGCUCCGCAGCAUCGAUAUUCCCGUCGCCAGGAUCGUACUGGAGCAACCCGAGCGCCAACCUGUACUCGAACAUCGCGGCCACCACGCAUUCGAUCGGCCACCACGCAGGCGCCCAUCUGGGAGCGCCCCCUCUCGGCUCGUACUCGCACUACGCAUGACCGACCGGCGGCGCGUCGGCCGGCGCCGGCUCGGACUGGACCAGGAAGCUGGCCAUGUAAGAGGAGGUGGGGAAACGGGGUGACAGUGUUUGAGGGUCCGGUGGGUUUUGGUCGGCCGGCCGGCGCCGGGUUCGAUUUGAUCAGGAAGCUGGCCAUCUAAGAGGAGGUAGGGAAAGCGGUAACGGUAGAUGAGUUUUAUUUGCUCAAUUCUGCUACCUGUAUCACUUGAAAUACCAUUUUAUUUGUCAUUUUAUAGAUAUAAAUAUAUCAAUCUGUUCCUACUACCGUCACCGGAAUAGAUCAUAUAAAAUGAAACUGGUUUCUACGAAGGCGCUGAAGGGCCACCCAUACUUUUUUUUUCUAAUCCCGACUUUAAAGUCGGACCCCCGACUUUAAUCUCGGGAUCCCGACUUUAAAGUCGGGGGUCCGACUUUGA